GAAGUCCUACAGCCACCACAAUCUAAAAUGGAAGUCAACGCAUGGGAAAUAAAGCCUCCUGAUUUCAGUUAUAAACUGUAUAAAUCUUUGAGAUUUCCAGAAAAAUCAUCAAGGACUAGUAAGGAAGAACAAGGGAGGGGGAAAAAAAGUAAUUUUCCAGAAACAAUGCUUCACCUGCCCAACAUAAGGAAUCAUUCCAAGAAGGUCAAAUCCCCUCCUUUUAUAACUACAUUCCCACAUCUGGAUUCACAUAAAGCAAAGUUAAUGUUUGUGAAGAGUGGAAAAUAUCCAAAUGGUGUAUACCUCAAUCCAAAACCACAUGAUUUUCGACAGUACCAACGUAAUUUACCAAACUUCGUGACAGCUUGUGAAAGGGAUCCUUUUGGAUUAAAAUUUAAGUCCAAACACUUAAGUACAGUACAUGGGCACCACUCACCAAAAGAUGAUAAACAGAAGAACAGUACAGAAAAAUUCAUCACCUACAAGCCUCAUGAAUGCACCUGGGAUUCAAAGCUAAUUUUACUAAAAGCCCCGUGGCCUGUUAAAUCCGCUUCAUACACGAGACACAGAAGGCGGCGAGAUGUGUACAGUGCAUUUAUGGAUCGUGUGGAAGAAAAGUUUACCCAAACAUGCAAGAACAGGUUUUGCCCAGAUCCCCUCAGACUUCAUCAUUCUAGAACACAUGCCAACCUGCCAAGAGUCAGCAUCUGUAUGUCCUUGCCCAGGGCUAUCUGUGGCUGCUGGAGCUGCCCACAGCUAGUCAGAAGUGCUGGGGGUCACAUCUCCCAGCAGCAGCCCUCAAGUAAUAAGGGGUGCUGGUGCCUAAAGGAGAAGCGGGAGAAGCAAAGAGGGGGAACAGGGACCAAAACAUCAGGUAGAAAAGAUCGCCGUAAUCAGACAAGGCCUUUGCCUGUGUGGCAGAUGGCGGAACAGUGA